AUGGCGGAGACCGUGGCGGACACCCGGCGGCUGAUCACCAAGCCACAGAACCUGAAUGACGCCUACGGGCCGCCCAGCAACUUCCUCAAGAUCGAUGUGAGCAACCCGAAGACCGUGGGGGUCGGCCAGGGCCGCUUCACCACCCACGAAAUCAGGGUCAAGACAAAUCUUCCUAUUUUCAAGCUGAAGGAAUCUACCGUUAGAAGAAGAUACAGUGACUUUGAAUGGCUGCGAAGUGAAUUAGAAAGAGAGAGCAAGGUUGUAGUUCCUCCACUCCCUGGGAAAGCAUUUUUGCGUCAACUACCUUUUAGAGGAGAUGAUGGAAUAUUUGAUGACAAUUUUAUAGAGGAAAGGAAGCAAGGGCUGGAGCAAUUUAUAAACAAGGUCGCUGGUCAUCCUCUGGCACAGAAUGAACGUUGUCUUCACAUGUUUUUACAGGAUGAAAUCAUAGAUAAAAGCUAUACUCCAUCUAAAAUAAGACAUGCCUGAAAUUUGCUGAGAAGAGGCAAAAACGUGACCAUUAGUGAUUCGUAUGCACCAGUGAAGAAGUUCUAAAUAACUUUUAGCAU